CAGUAGUGCAUCACACUCGCUGGAACCCACACAAGAACCGAGAACCUGGACCACCUUCGAGGCGCUUCCAGGUCCGCGACACGAGCCCCCUCCGCCCGCAGGUCCUGUCAUCGGCGCCCGGCCUUCCCCAGCUCCUUUCCAUCCCCUUCCCUCGCUGUUUCCUCCCCCGGCCCCGUCCUCCCCACCGCGUGUACGUGUGUGUGUGUAGCGGCGUAGCGGGAGAGUAGCGGCUGCGGCGGCGGUGCAGCAGCAGCGGCGGCGGUGGGCGUGGUGGCAGGAAUCGAUCCCCGAGCGGGUGGCUCCAGGAGACAGCAGCGGCGGCGGCGGCGGCGGCGGAAUUCAGUCAACAUGCCGGCUCCUGACCGGGCAGCGGCUCCCCGUCACCACGCGCUCUGAUGUGUCACCUUAGUGCUGCUCUGUGAUCCCCGCGAGACACUCCCGCGCGAUCGCCCGCAACCAAGCCCUUCCGUGUCCCUGCUUCUGCCGAAGAGGAAGAAGGAGCCUCGGCCUCGGCCCGCUCGGCCCUCUCGCUCGCUCGCGAUCCCUCGGAAUCCUCUUCCCGAACGUGUGCGCUGACGAAGGGAAGGCCCGCCUUCCGCUCGUUCCUUCGGCAACCCUCCCGCUGCCACUCUCGCUCUCGCGCGCCGCCAAACCCAACCCGAAAAAUAAAAAAGUUCCAUUGAGAGAAAGAGCUCAGCAAAGUGCAGUUGCCCGCCCCUCGAGAGCCCCGGCCUCCCCCAGAGCCCAAACUUCGGCCUUCUGCCCAAUACAAGUGAGCCGAAAAUAGCGUCCGCCGUGCAGCAAGAGCCACAGAUCACCGACACGAUGGGCGGGGAGGAAGAGAAGACUCGUGACACUGACAAUCAGGCAGAUGACAGCAUCCGUGUCAUCUGCCGCUUCCGGCCACUCAACAAGUCCGAGGAGGCGGCGGGAAGCAAGUUCAUAUGCAGCUUCCCGUCGAACCGAGGCCAAGAAGAUCAGAUGGUCUCCAUUGGGGGGAAGGUGUAUCUCUUCGACCGAGUGAUCAAACCGAACAGCAGCCAGGAGAAAGUGUACGAAAUCGUAGCCAAAGACAUCGUCAAAGAUGUUCUCAACGGCUACAACGGGACAAUCUUCGCUUACGGGCAGACGUCCUCGGGAAAGACGCAUACAAUGGAGGGCAAGCUCGGCGAUCCAACGUGGCAAGGCAUCAUACCCAGGAUUGUCCAUGAUAUCUUCAACCACAUCUACAACAUGGAGGAGGCUUUGGAAUUCCAUAUCAAGGUUUCCUAUUUCGAGAUCUACAUGGACAAGAUUAGGGAUCUGCUGGAUGUCUCCAAGGUGAACCUCUCCGUGCAUGAGGACAAGAACCGCGUGCCCUCCGUCAAGGGCGCCACGGAGCGGUUCGUUUCGUCUCCUGAAGAAGUGUUUGAGACCAUCGCCUUGGGGAAGUCCAACCGACACGUGGCAGUUACCAACAUGAACGAGCACAGUUCCCGAUCCCACAGCGUGUUCCUGAUCCAAGUGAAGCAAGAAAACAUCGAAAACCCAAAGAAACUCCUCGGGAAGCUGUAUCUGGUGGAUCUGGCUGGCUCGGAGAAGGUCAGCAAGACAGGCGCCGAGGGCUCUGUCCUGGACGAAGCCAAGAACAUUAACAAGUCUCUGUCGGCGCUCGGGAACGUCAUUGCUGCGCUGGCUGACGGCAAGACUCACGUGCCCUACCGAGACUCCAAGCUGACCCGAAUCCUGCAGGAGAGUCUGGGAGGAAACGCCAGGACCACCAUCGUCAUCUGCGCCUCCCCGGCCUCCUUCAACGAGGCGGAGACCAAGUCCACGCUCGACUUCGGAAAGAGAGCCAAGAACAUCAAGAAUUGCGUCUCGGUUAAUGAAGAAUUAACAGCUGAAGAAUGGAAGAGAAGAUACAACAAAGAGAAAGAAAAGAGCACCAAGCUGAAGGCGCAGGUGGAGAAGAUGGAGACGGAGUUGGCGAGGUGGAGAGGUGGAGAAAAGGUUUCGUCAGAGGACCAGAUCACGGUGGAGAUGGAGAAGUCAAUGGUGUCUUCGAUGGUGGAAGAACCCAAGAAGGCCACCGCCCCGCCCGCGCCCAUGAGCAACGAGGUGCGGGAGGCGUGGGAGAAGGAGCGGGAGCAACUGUACGUCAGCCUCGACGAAAAGGACGACGAGAUCAACCAGCACAGCCAACUCGCCGAGAAGCUCAAGGAACAGAUGCUCGAGCAGGAGGAGGUGAGACGCCCAGCACGAGGCCAAGGUUUUGUAUGUGUGUGUGUGUAUAUGGCGAGGAUCCAGGCGGAGAAUGACGCCGCCAAGGACGAGGUGAAGGAGGUGCUGCAGGCCCUCGAGGAGCUCGCACUCAACUACGACCAGAAGAGCCAGGAGGUCGAGAGCAAGUGCAAGGGAAGAACGGCGCUGACAACCAUGCAAGGCGAGUUGCAGCAGAUGAAGGAUUCCUCGGUGCAUCAGCGACGCAGGAUGAACGAGAUGCUGUUUUCUCUCCUGUCGGAUCUCGGAGAAGUCGGCAACGUCGUCGGCGGCACGGCUGGGGAGCUGUCGGUUAAGAAUUCGGGAGACCCCAACAAACUGGAGGAGGAAUUCACAAUGGCGCGCCUGUACGUCUCCAAGAUGAAGAGCGAAGUGCGCAACUUGGUCCAGCGGUGCAGCACUUUGGAGAACUUCCAGGGCGACUGCAACAAGAAGAUCGACGACUACGAGAAGGAGCUGAGCGAGUGCCGUCUGCUGAUCAGCCAGCACGAGGCCAGGAUGAAGACCCUCCAGGAAUCCAUGCACGAGGUGGAGGUCAGGAAGAGGCAGCUGGAGGAACAGGUGGACACCCUGACGGAGGACGUGACGAGGCUGAAGGCGGCCGAGGGACUCUCCAUUUCCGAGGGCGAGUCGAAGGAGGCCCUGGAGAAGCAGAUGGAGACCCACCGCGACCUCCACCAGAAGCAGGUCGUGCUACUUCGUCAGGAGAUCAACCAGAAGCAGGCCCUUAUUGAGGAUCUGAAGGAUCAAAACCAGAAGCUGACCCUCGAACUCGACCAACUGCGCGGCGAACACAACAAGCUGAAGGUCGAGGAGGCAGAGAAGAGUACAAGACUUCACGAACUCAUCGCCCUGAACGAGAGGCGAGAACAGGCCCACCAUGAUCUCAAGGGCUUGGAGGACACGGUGGCGAAGGAACUCCAGACGCUCCACAACCUCAGGAAGCUUUUCGUCCAAGACCUACAGGCCAAAGUCAAGAGGUCAGCAGCAGGCGAGGACGAAGAUAUCCUAGGGGGCUCGGUGGCCCAGAAGCAGAAGAUCAGCUUCCUGGAGAACAACCUCGACCAGCUGACGAAGGUGCACAAACAGCUGGUGCGAGACAACGCCGACCUGCGAUGCGAGCUGCCGAAGCUGGAGAAGCGGCUCAGAGCUACGAUGGAGAGGGUGAAGGCCCUGGAGACGGCGCUGAGGGAGGCGAAGGAGGGAGCAAUGAGGGACAGGAAGCGGUACCAGUAUGAGGUGGACCGCAUUAAGGAGGCUGUGAGGCAGAAGAACCUAGCUAGGAGGGGCCAAGGAGCGCAUAUCGCCAAGCCCAUCAGAACAGGCCAGGCCAACCUGCUCUCUCGUCCCGGCGCCCUCGGCAUGAUGGGCAGGUCACCCCCGCCUAACCCACAGCAACUUCGCUCCUAUGUCGCAACCAGUAGUUAAGACAAGCAACAGGACUAGAUGAUGGGAGAGAUAACGAGCGAUAAGGAGUGAUAUGAACUUAACUAAGAAUGCAAGAUGCCCGUCUUUGAGGUUUCAUCCUUAACCCCACUGCUUCAGAUAUCUGAAGUGUGUGCGUGGGUUCUGAAAACAGGUCAGCUCAUGUGCAUUAUGACUGACACACACACCCAAAAAAUACCAAAACACGAAUAAAAUGUCUAUAAAAAACAAACCAAAAAAAAGUUUAAAAAAUGAGAAAGUAAAAAAUCUAAAAAAAAAAAAAAUCAAGAUUAUGAUUUUGAUUUUAUCAGUGAUGAUUUCAAAAUUUUCUUUCUCCCCCCUCCCUUCCCCCCCCCUUUCUCUCCCUGCUACUCAUUCCUACCCCCACCCCCCUUCCCACUCCUAUUAUCCAAACUCUUUACCUACGUGCCUAUUAAUUUCACACGCCCCCACCUUCUUUAACAAAUAAUAAAUAUGUUUUUCAUCCAAUUUUUUUAUGUAUGGUAAUAACAGCACCCUGAACUGUGAUUUUCCUAGUACAUUUUGUAGGACUACAUAGGCUGUUUUUUUCCCAAAGACAAAUUGGUAACACUGUAUGUCCUUUUUUUUUUAGCUUUUAAAUCUCUUUUUUUUCUCUCCUCCUCAUGUAUAGACUCUCGUAUAAGGAUCAUUUCUUGUCGGUGAUACUGUACUCAUUAUUAUUUAUACAUAUAUAUGAAUAUAUUUAAGACUAUUUACCAAACCAGUGAUUUUAUGUCUACUCAUGGAAUUAAUAUAGUCAUUUACUAUAGCUAGCUUUAAUGGUUAUGAUUUGCUACUAAACAUAUGCACGAACUUUAAUUAGCUAAUAAGUGGUCUUUGGUCAAUAUUUGUUAAUGUUCGGAUGAUAGAAAAGAUAAUUAAGUGAUAUUGAAAAUGAUGAGGACGAUGAUGAUGAAUGGUAGCGUGAAUCAUGAUAAUUCAGAGGAAAAUGAUGAUGAUGAAGAUAAUAAUAUAAUGGUGAAAUAUUGAUAAUGAUAACUGGAAAUGAAUAGAAAAAAAAAAAAAGGAUAUCCACUGCAUGAUCCAUGAAUAUCUGCAACAUUUUUUUUUUCUCUCUCUCUCUCUUUUCAAAGUUUUUAUUGCAGGAUCAAUAGACGAAGAAAUAAAAGGAAAAGAUAUAAGCAGAUGUCCAGAUAUGAAUGUAAUAAAAUAAUAUAAACGAAGAGAAGUUAUUGCUGUCAUCCUUUCUUCUCAUACACGUCGGGAUUUCUUUGUUGUUGUUGUUAUUGUCGUUGUCAACGGAAAAAGGGGAAAAAAUAUACGUAUUUUUGUCUUCAUUUCGUUUAUCAGGAAAAUGAAUACCAAAAAAAAAAUAAUAAUAAAUUUAGCACCGAUGUAUGACCUUAUGUAUAUUUUUUUUUCUAGUAAUUAGAAACAACUGUAUACAUUUCUCAUUAACUGAAAAAUACAUUUAUCAUUUCAUUCAUGUCAUAUUUAACUUACAAAAGGAAAUGUUAUACUGCGUUCGAACAUGACGCAUAUAACGAUGCUUUUGUUUUUAGCCUUUCAUCAUUAUUGUUAAUUAAACCAUAAAAUCUAACUGUAUUUGGCCUUCAUUCAGAAAUGAGUGAUAUAUCAAAAUAAACAAAAUAUCUUUGAUCUUUUGUAGCAGAAGUUUUUUUUUUGUCUCAUUUUUAAUCUUUCGUGAAAUAUAUUAGAGAUCGGAGUGACGUAAGGAAGUGAAAAGAUUAAAGUAAUGGUUUGAUUCCGAAUCACUAAUUGAGAAUUGAAAUCAAACAAUAAAUUUAAUCAAUUGAUAAUUAACUGAUGCUACUUGAGACUAAGAUAUAUAUGAAGAAGGUAGG